GCAUAAAACAGGUGUAACCGCAGUAUCUGUUGCAUGAAUUACUGCCGUGACUGUUAAUCGCUUUUCUGUGGCGGUGUUGCCUGUCUCUUAAAUUUCCAUUUCGAGCAAAAUGCUAGUGGAAUCAUCAAUUUUGUCGAUUUGACAAUUAAGUAUCCUUUUUUUUUGCCAUUCAACAUACACUCCGUUUCCGAUGGUCUUGCAAGUAACUACAGCCAAUAAUGUUAAAGUCUACACCGUUUCUGGUGGUCUUGGCUCCAGAUCUAUACCCGAUUGGCUCGUACGAAAGAAGAAGAAAGCCUUAAAGAAAGAUUUUGAUUAUCGUACAAGAGUUGAACUCAUCCAGGACUUUGAGUUUCCUGAAGCUUCUAAUCGUAUUAAAACGACUCGUGAUGGAAAAUUUGUAGUAGCAACUGGUACCUACAAACCUCAGAUGAGAGUAUUUGAAUAUGCUGAUAUGUCAAUGAAGUUCGAAAGACAUACUGACGCAGAAACUGUCAAUUUUGAGAUUCUUUCGGAUGACUGGACUAAACAGGCAUUAUUACAAGAUGAUCGAUCCGUCGAACUCCAUGCUCAGGGCGGUAUCCAUUAUCGUACCCGUAUUCCCAAGUUCGGUCGUGAUCUUGCCUAUCAUUUCCCUUCCUGCGAUUUAUUACUCACUGCAUCAGGGUCAGAAGUAUAUAGACUCAAUUUAGAUCAAGGUCGAUUUUUGAAUUCGAUCCAAACGGAUGCCGAAGACGGUGUUAACUGUAUUGAAAUUAACCCAGCACAUCAACUCUUUGGUAUGGGUACAACAAAAGGCACAGUUGAAUUAUGGGAUCCUCGUUCCAAAUCUAGAGUGGGUAUUUUAUCAAAUUUGGAAGUACCAGCAGCAUAUGGUAGAGAUGAUGAUUCACCUUUAGAAGUAUCAGCACUCAAAUUCAAAUCAGACGGUUUGACCAUGGGUGUUGGCACAACAACAGGCCACACACUAUUAUACGAUUUACGUUCCAGCAUACCAACAUUAGUAAAAGAUCAUCAGUAUGGCUUUGCAAUCAAAAGCAUCCAUUUCCACAAAGGUCCUACCGGAGCUACAGAAUUGGGUACAACAGGAGAUAAAGUCAUUGUGGCUGAUAAUAAGAUUGUAAAGGUUUGGGAUCGUGCCACCGGCAAACAUUUCACUUCAGUUGAACCAGAAACAGAUAUUAAUGAUGUGACAAUUGUGGAGGACAGCGGUCUGAUAUUUACAGCAAAUGAAGGUAUACAAAUGGGUGCCUAUUAUAUUCCCCAGUUGGGCCCUGCCCCUCGCUGGGCCUCUUUCCUCGAAAAUCUCACAGAAGAAAUGGAAGAAAAUCCCAAUCGCGAUAUCUACGACGAAUACAAAUUUGUUACUCGAAAGGAAUUGGCGGCUCUUGGUUUGGAGCAUCUCAUGGGAACAAAUGUACUCAAAGCUUAUAUGCAUGGUUUCUUUGUCGAUUUACGUUUGUACGAAAAGGCAAGACUUAUUGCUAAUCCCUUUGCAUAUGAUGAUUACCGUGAACGUGUGGUUAAGGAAAAGAUUGAAAAGGAGCGUUCAUCUCGUAUCCGUGCUGUUAAGCAGUUGCCAAGUGUUAAUAAGGAAUUAGCUAAACAAUUGAUGUCCGAGAAAUCUGACAAGAAGGUCAAAAAUGACCUCCUCUCAGAUAAUCGUUUCGCUGAUAUGUUUGCCGAUCCUGAUUUCCAAGUUGAUGAAACAUCGAAAGAAUAUCAAUUAUUGCAUCCCGCAGCCGCUAAACAGAGACGAAGAGAUGAUACAGAUAACGAGGACGAAGAGGAACCUGCAGAGCCAAUGGACAUGGAUGAUGAAGGUCUUGCAAAUGAUACAGACAGUAGCAAUGAUGUGUCAGACAAGGGUUCAGAUAGUGAAGAUGAUAUUGUAUCAAAAAUUCGUAAAGAAAGAGGAUUGCAAGUUCGGGACAAGAAAGGUGCAAAUACCUCCGUACGAUCUGGCACUACAUCAAAGAAGAAACACCUGGAAAUGCGUAUGGGUACAAUUGGUGGAAAGCUAACGAGCAAAAAUGAUACCAAGAAGUCCUUCGGCUCGAGGUUACGAUCUGAAGAGUCUGGUCGUAGAAAUGAAGGUCAUAAAAUGUCACGAACUGCUUUGGGCGGAAUGGAAAUGUCAUUCACACCCGCGAAGAGAAAUAAAUCUAGAACCACAAAGAGAAAUAAGUAAACAAUUACUCUGUAAAUAAAAGUCAUCUUUCUGUAGGGAACAAAAAAAAACCAUUCCUUCGCUUCUUUGUUGGAUACCACAAUCAUGAAAACCAACGUCAUCACUCCAAUGCAGAUUGCAGUAUUUUACGUUGACUUAGUUUUACACA